CAUGAGUCGCCGGAAGGGGUCGCUGCAAUGGGUGGAGUGCCAGGCGUCCGCCACAGUUUCAUGGAAUCCCUCCAAGCGUGUCCAGAAUUCCUCAAAGUGGAAACGGCGAUGACCUGGUGGCACCGGUUUGCAAUCAAGCAGCAAUGGGCUGUGAUCGGAAACAACGGAGGCGAGGCAUCGGAGAUGGAACUCCCCAUGCAGUUCCUCCCAGUCGGGGGUACAGAGGACGCGGUCGAGGUGCACCAGGGUGGGGGGUGACUGCUCGUUGGACCACGUGUAGCACCGGCCAUUGAGGUAGACUUCUUUGAGGACAAGGUCGUUGAUCGCAUGCCGGAAGCGACCCAUCAUGCGGCGGUUGAGAUUGCCAUUGCUCUUGUCUUUGUCACGGUAAAUGAGGUUGAAGUCGCCACAAAGCAUCCAGGGGCCGUUGCAAGCCGCCCGGACGUCACGAAGCUCCUGUAAGAAGGCGAUCUUGUAAUAUAUUAUAGGCAUUGUGAAAGCGAUGUUACUCCAACAAUGGUUGGAAUUGACGAAAGCACCCAAGGAACGAUUGAAGAGCAAAUGUUCUACAAUAAAAAAAACAUUGAGGGAAAUUAUAGAACUACGAUAUGUUGAUGUUAAAAGAAAGGUUUCCCUCUAACCUUGAUCAUAAAAAUCUUAUACCUUAUCUAUUUUACAUUAUUAUGUAAACUCAUAUGUUUUAUCUUUAAUAAGAAUUUGUAUGCAGAACAAAAGCAACAAUUGAUGAUAUUAUAACAGAAAAACCAUAACUAUAUUUGCACUUCCUGUCAUUAAGUAUCUGAAAAUCCCAAUAUAAGGUACCUAAUUAAACUCAAGGUACGCGAGGACACGGCAACAACAACUUUCGUUAUGUUUAAUGAGGUAGCAAAAAGUCUUUUAGGCAACAUAUCUGCAUCAACCCUAUUAGAGCAGGAGGGAUUCAACAACAUAGUACCAGAUAUUAUUCAAGACCUUUAUGGCAGAACACUCAUAUUCCGACUUAAGUUAAAUUCAAGGAAUCUAUAAGAGUGUAUGGAAAAUUUUGAAGUGAGCUUCACUUUUGAAGUUGAUGACAGACUUGAGAUGGAAUAUUCAAAUGAAAUAUUUGAAGAGGGCAUACUGGAAAGGCAAGACACACAAGGUUCUUCAAAUUUUGCUAUGCAGAAGUCCGAUAACGAGCGAGACAACAACUGUACCAGCACAGAUGACCGUAAUGAAGAAUGGAACGCCAAAACUAGAAGCAGAACAAAGAAGGAAAGGACAAAUUGCAUAAAGAGGAGGAAAAUAUCAUCUGAAGACAUGCAGCCAACCUUGUAUGAUAGACCUAAGAGGAUUAGGAGAGAACCAGCGAAAUACAUGGGCUAGGCAUUAUACAUCAGCAAGUGCUUACAUACGUCCAAUAGCUGCAAGAAUUGAAGAAUAUACUAUACACACUCUAUACUUAGUAGUAAUUUGCAUUGAUAAACAAUUAUGUUUAUUUUAUGCUCCACGAGAGUAAUGUUUAUAUACUUAAAUUAUUUAGUUACACUCGCUUGUGUCUUCUUUA